UAUUCUUUCAGCUGGAUAGCUCGCCUCAGUAUCUGGACUCCUAGGUAGUCACAGAAUACAACAGAUUUUCCUCGUUGGCGUCUCGAAGAUCAGCAUAUGCUGCCUAUAAAACGGGAACAGACACAUUUCAUCUCAUCCCGAACCACUGCAUCAAAGCCAACUAUUAUACAUACCUUCAGUCCUUCACCACGCCGAUCCACAACCCCGACAAUGGUGACCUUCACGGCACGCCGGAGCGAGCCCGAGCUAGUUUCCCCGGCAAUGCCGACGCCCCGCGAGACGAAGAACCUCUCAGACCUGGACGACCAGUGGACGCUGCGCUUCUACGAGUCCAUCGUCGGCUUCUUCCGCGGUCCUCCUCGCCCUGCAGGAAGGGCCAACAACAUGGCGAAGGGCAUCAAGGCGGCCAUUGCUGGGGCCCUGGUGUAUUACUACCCGAUGGCCGGCCGCCUGCGAAAGCUCCCCGGGGGCGGAAACAAGCUGGCAGUGGACUGCACGGGGGAAGGCGUGGUGUUUGUGGAGGCGGCUGCCGAUGUGCGGCUAGAGGACCUUGGCGAGCCGCUGCUGCCACCGUAUCCUUGCGUCGAAGAGUUCAUGGCGGAUGCCGGCGACACUAGAGAUGUUGUUGAUAAGCCCCUGCUCUUCCUGCAGGUGACACAACUCAAAUGUGGGGGAUUUGCUAUCGGGAUUCACAUGUGCCAUUGCAUUGCUGAUGGCUUCGGCAUUCUCCAGUUUAUCAAGUCUAUAGCCGACUUCGCAUCCGGUGAACUUGUCCCAACCACUUUGCCUGUGUGGAAAAGAGAUCUCUUCACAGCACGUAUCCCACCAUCCCUCUCACAUGUCUACCCAGCAUAUAAGCCGUUCCUUCUUGGCUUAGAACGUACAGGAGAAGACGUGAUGAUGUCAACUCCACCAGAGAACACAAUAGUACAAUAUUUCUUCUUUGGCCCAAAAGAUAUAGAAAUUCUACGAAGCCAUAUCCCAGGCCACCUUGUCCAAUCCACCACAACAUUUGAGCUGAUAACCGCUGUCAUGUGGCGGUGUCGCACAUUGGCACUAGGUUAUGAAUCUAGACAUAAAGUGCGGGUCAUGUUUACUCUAAAUGCACGUGGGAGAAGAAGUAUAAAUGGUGACACCUUGGUUCCACGAGGUUUCUAUGGAAAUGCACAUUUCUCUCCCAUGGCAGAAGCCACCGUCGAUGAGUUGACAACAAAGCCACUCGCACAUAUACUUGAGCUCAUGCGCGAAGCCAAGUCAGAAACAACAGAGGAUUGCAUGAAAUCAAUGGUGGAUUUGACGGCAUUGUGGCGGGAGCAACCACCUUUCUGUAUGGAUAGGACAUACGAGAUUAGUGAUACAAAAUGGGUUGCAGGAAAUGCAUUGAAGCUUGGGAUGGCCGAGUUGGUCGCUGGUGGCACACCCCUUGUUGGUGAUUUCACUUCAAAGCUAAUAAGUUAUCAUACGAGCUGCAAGAAUGAAAAUGGUGAGGACUCAACUACGGUAUCUCUCCUACUGCCUAAACCAGCAAUGAAGAGAUUUGCGAAUGAGAUGGCAAUUUGGCUGAAGGAAUGAAAAGGGAAGAAUUAACCUAUAAUGACUCGGUUUCAGUUACACGAGGAUGAUGUUUACCUUACAGUCCUCUACAAUUUGUACAAACAUAUUCAAUAAGUUCAUCUCAUCGCAAAGAAGUGGGUGAUGCCAUGUCCUGAAUGAAUACAGGGAAUUAGAUAGCAUACCAAUAGACAUUCGUGGUUUACAUAUACCACUAUGCUACCUUAAUUUAUGUAUCACAAAAUAUACUUGUAUUGAAAUAAUGUGUUUUUCU